AUUGCCAAGAUCUUGAACUGGGGUUGGUGAGAGAGUCCAAAACGACAAUCAUACUGUUCUUAUAUAAUUGAAUCCCAAAUUUUCAAUCUUUUCUCAUUUCCUGCAACGAAGUUGGUUCGUUGAUUGUUGUUGGUGACGCCUUUUCCACCAUUGUCACCUAACUUCUCCGCCGCCUUCCCUCAUUGAUACAUAGUGGUGUGGUGGGUGACAGAGAAUGGCGCAAGUGACCAAGAUGUCGUAUGCGAUCCAAAGUUACAGCUUCAGCUCAACUUUCCCCACUAACAGAAACAGGAUAUCUCAACUGGGUUCCGUUGGGUUUGGAUCAAAACCAAGGAUUUCCAAGAAAUUUCUGAGUUUGAAUAACGAGAGAGUAUUAAUGAACCAUUCUCAUCUCCAACUUAGUUCUCCAUUUAAGGUUUCAGCCUCUGUGUCGACGACUGCCGAGAAACCUUCAACUGCACCGGAGAUUGUCUUGCAACCGAUUAAGGAGAUUUCUGGUACCGUCAGAUUACCUGGAUCGAAGUCCCUUUCAAAUCGCAUACUUCUUCUCGCUGCCCUUUCGGAGGGAACAACUGUUGUAGAUAACUUGUUGGAUAGUGAUGAUGUCCAUUACAUGCUUGGUGCUUUGAGAACUCUUGGUCUGAAUGUAGAAGAAGAUUAUGUAAUUAAACAGGCAAUAGUGAAAGGAUGUGGUGGUUUAUUCCCGGUGGGGAAGGUGGAAGCCAAGGAGGAAGUUCAGCUGUUCUUAGGAAAUGCAGGAACAGCCAUGAGGCCAUUGACAGCUGCAGUAACAGCUGCUGGUGGUAAUUCAAGUUAUGUACUUGAUGGAGUUCCACGAAUGAGAGAAAGACCAAUUGGUGACUUGGUCUCCGGUCUUAAGCAGCUUGGAGCAGAAGUUGAUUGCUUUCUUGGAACAAACUGCCCUCCUGUUAGAGUAAAUGGAAAAGGAGGUCUCCCAGGAGGAAAGGUAAAGCUUUCUGGAUCAAUUAGUAGUCAAUACCUGACAUCACUUCUCAUGACAGCUCCAUUGGCUUUGGGAGAUGUAGAAAUAGAGAUUAUAGAUAAACUGAUAUCUAUCCCUUAUGUGGAGAUGACACUCAAGUUAAUGAAACAAUUUGGAGUCAAUGUUGAGCAUAAUGAUAGCUGGGAUAGAUUCUUUGUUAAUGGAGGCCAGAAAUAUAAGUCUCCUGGAAAUGCUUAUGUUGAAGGUGAUGCUUCUAGUGCUAGUUACUUUCUAGCUGGUGCUGCUAUAACUGGUGGGACUAUCACUGUUGAAGGUUGUGGUACAAGUAGUUUGCAGGGGGAUGUAAAGUUUGCGGAGGUUCUUGAGAAAAUGGGCGCCAAAGUUACAUGGACCGAGACAAGUGUGACAGUUACUGGCCCUCCUCGAAAUUCUUCUGGAUUGAAGCAUUUACAUGCUGUAGAUGUUAAUAUGAAUAAAAUGCCCGAUGUUGCCAUGACACUUGCCGUUGUUGCUCUCUAUGCAGACGGACCCACAACUAUCAGAGAUGUUGCAAGCUGGAGAGUAAAGGAAACUGAAAGAAUGAUAGCAAUUUGCACAGAACUCAGAAAGCUUGGGGCGAUCGUGGAAGAGGGGACAGACUACUGUGUGAUUACUCCACCUGAGAAAUUAAAUGUAACUGCUAUUGAUACUUAUGAUGAUCAUAGAAUGGCCAUGGCCUUCUCCCUUGCUGCUUGCUCAGAUGUUCAGGUUACAAUCAAGGAUCCAGGAUGCACUCGAAAGACUUUCCCCGAUUAUUUUGAAGUUCUCGAGAAGUUCACAAGUCACUAAACCGGGGUUUUUACUUUGAGACAAGAUGCUUUUGAGGGUAAUUAUUUAUGAUGUAGUGUAGGACUAUAUAUUUAUAAUGUCUUAAGAAUUUGUAUUAGAAUGAGGUUGAAACUGAAGCUAUUUUUUUUGUUUUUACCCAAGAUUGAACAUGUAAUUUUGUGUUCAUGGUUUGGGUAAUUAUGUAAUUUAAAUGUUCAAGUUGUAGCAUUCACGUGA